UAUGGAGAGUGGAAGGGCCCGGGGGCGCGUGUUCCGCUGAGCUGCCGCUCCUUCAGCUCCGACUGGGGCUUGAACUUUGCCCGCAAAGCACCAGAAUGAAAGACAUGGAUAAUAUCAAAACAGUAAAAACAGAAUGGGUGUGUAAAUCAGGAACCGGUGAGCAGAUUUUGAAUGGUGCAGAACAAAACUGUGAUUACUUUGUAGAUAACCUUUUUGAAGAAGCUCAGAAGAUUGGUGCUAUAUGUAUGCCCCCAACUACAGUUGAGAAACAGGUUGAUGUAAUCAUUAAACUUUGGAAGAAUGGGUUUACAGUAAAUGAUGGUGAACUUAGGAGCUAUAGUGAUGUUGCAAACCAGCAGUUCUUGGACUCCAUUAAAAAAGGGGAACUGCCUUUUGAGCUGCGAAAAGAUUUUGAUAAAGAGGAGGUAGAUGUGAAAGUGGAAGAUAAAAAACAUAAGGUGUACUUGUCAUCAAAAAAGCCAAUGUUUCAUCCCUUUUCUGGACACGGUUACAGAUUAGGAAGUGCUACUCCAAGAAUAAUCUCUAAAGUAAGAACAGAUCAGCAAGAACCUGAUAACAAAAGACACUUACCUUCGGUACCCUUAAAUGAUUUGGAACCUAUCACUAAGAUCCAGAUCUGGUUAGCUGAUGGGGAAAGGAUAAUUCAGAAAUUCAAUGUUUCUCACAGAAUAAGCCAUGUCAGAGACUUUAUAACAAAGUAUCAAGGAUCAGAGAGAAGCCUGCCCUUCACACUGACUACUUCUCUGCCUGUUCGAGAGCUGCAAGAUGAGACACUCACGCUAGAGGAAGCAAAGUUGCAAAAUGCUGUUGUUGUUCAGAGACUUAGUAAAACAACUGAACCUUUCAGAUGCUCAGAGAUAAAAGCCCCUGACAAUGACUAUAAAACUGAUACUACACCUAAUGGACAGCUGAAGAAUGGGCAAAAUGCCAUCAAAAGUACAAGAUAAAAUUAGCUUUUAACUGGCCAAAAUCUGCACAUAGGAGGACCUAGACAAACCAAAAAUGUAACCAGCAAUAUCUGGAUGCACUUUCAUCCUCAUGUACUGUGCUCCUCAAGAACAAAACGUGUGCAUAUUUUCAAAUAAAUUUGGUGGUCAGAGCCUGGCUAUGUAAUGUAGCAGACAUAACUAUACAACAGGGCAUCCUUAGAAUUUCCUUAAGUAGAAGGCAUUUUUAGUGAAUGUAUUUAGGCAGAACAGUUCUCUGAGACUUAAUUACUACUGAUAGCAUCUUUUAAGGAAAAAUAAUAUUUAUUUUUGCACUCUGGACUAAAGUGGAACUGAACUGAUUGUUUUUGCUUACAUUUCAGUGUAAGUUGAUGCAGUUGCAUUCUCACAGUAACUUUUAGGCAACAGAUGCUGUAGGGAAGCUCAUGUCUGAACUCUUAACUAACUUGAAAAUCUUCAGUAUCUUCAGGAUUUAACUUCUAUCACAAGAUAUACAGUAUAGUGUUCUAUCAAGUCUUCACAUGGUGGUAAGGUGCAUGUGUGAGAAGAUAGAAAUGAGCUUGUCUGGUGCGUUUUGGAUGCAAAGUGCCUCAAAGUAAGCUCUGGAGGAAUUGUUAUUACCCAUGGUUGAAGUGGUUUUUGCCUCUCAUGCUGCUACAGGUGUCUUACAGGCAGGGUGAUGUUAAACUACCUACUUAGCUCGUUAGGAUAGAGAUCCACUUUUAGCCUUGUUGCACAAAAACUUAAGCUUUUCUGGAGAUUACUAUACAGAAAUAGUGGCUUAGAGUGACACAGUUGUUUUUGUACUAUAUGUUGGCUUCUGUCCUGAACUGGACAGUUGAUUGAGACACUAAUUGCAUGUGGCCAAGUUUCAAAGAUACUGCAAAUUCUUAUUUUAAAUCUGAGGUUUCUCACCCCUCCCACUCACCUCCACUGACCCAUUUCCAUAAAAAUGUUUUCUUUUGCUGUUCACAUACUUGAGGCAUAAAAUUUGUAGCCAAUUAUUCCAUGUUUUGCAAAAGGAGAAAUCACCAUACAGACUAAAUGUUUUGCACUGUGUUAAGUAGCAUGUGAGUUUGUGAAUGGAACUAGAGUGUCUGGGUAAGGCUUAUCCUGGAGCCUUCAAGGAGAGCUGCCUAGUUUGUGCUGCUUACACAAAUGGAUGAUUGCUGGGGUUAUACUACUUGUACAUGGUUAAAUGAAAGAUGGGGUUGGGAUAGCCUGGUUUUGUUCUAAAUAAAUUAUUUAAUUGGGGGGACUUGUAUUCUUUGUAAAAGUUAUCUUACUUCAAA